AUGUUGUUACCCAGCUAUAAAAAUCGGCCAGAAUCCAAGCCAAUGGCAUGGUUAAUGCCAAAAAACUACCAGCAUGUCCUUGCCUUUCUUUUUGCCAUUCAAGAGAUCAACCAGAAUAAUUCUCUCUUACCAAACACCACGUUGAGAUCAGAUAUCCAUGACAACGCAUUUCACUCAAUGCUAACCUAUUGGGCCACCCUGGAUCUUCUCUUCCUAGAGCAUCGGGCUCCCUUCAAUUAUAACUGUGGCAGGGAGAAGAAGUUAAUGGCUACUAUUGGUGGACUCACCUCUCAAAGCUCAAUACAGAUGGCCAACAUCUUAAAUACCUACAAAAUUCCACAGCUCACUUAUGGUUCUUUUGACCCUGUGUUGAGUGAUAAAGCUCAGUUCCCUUCUUUCUUCCGGAUGGCACCAAAUGAAAACCCUCAGUAUGAUGGGAUUGUUCAGCUCCUGAAGUAUUUUAGUUGGAACUGGAUUGGCCUUCUCAUCUCAGAUAAUGACAGUGGAGAAACAUUUAUUCGAACUUUGAGACCAAAGUUCUCCCAGAACAGUAUUUGUAUUGCUCUAAUACAAUCGAUUCCAGUAGUGACGAGUCACACGCUUGAAAGCCGUGAAAAAUACUAUGGAAAGAUAUUUUUAACACUCCAGUUGAAUAAAAUCAAUGUCAUAAUUGUUUAUGGGGAUGCUCACUCUAUGGCCGGUUUCCAAAUAGUUUUAGAUUACAGUGAAUUUGUGGAUCUGAGUCCAAAGGAGAAGGUUUGGCUCAUAACAUCUCAAUGGGAUUUCACAGCUAUUUUCACUUGGAAUAAAUUUCCAGCAAAAUCCCUCAAUGGUACUUUGUCCUUUGCACUCCACAAAAAUGUGGUUCCCGGAUUUCAAGAUUUUCUUGAGAGCAUAAAUCCAUACCAGUCUUCAUUUUAUUUCAUCGAACCAUUCUGGUGUAGUACAUUUUCUUGUUCACUCCCAAUGGAUGGCGCAAAUAUGACAUACCAGCAACAUUGCACCGGGGAGGAGAAGUUGGGGAGCCUCCCUGGAGCUGUGUUUGAAAUGGAAAUGUCUGGACAGAGCUACAGUAUCUACAAUGCGGUCCAUGUGAUAGCACAUGCUCUCCAUGCCAUAUAUUUAUUAAAAUCUAAGCACAAAGCUAUAGGGGAUGUUGUGAAUGUUCAGCCAUGGCAGCUUCGCCCAUUUCUGAGGAAUGUCCAUUUUAACAACAGUGCAGGUGAAGAAAUCUUUUUUGAUGAGAAUGGAGAUUUUGCAGCUGGGUAUGAUAUCAUCAACUGGGUCAUGUUCCCUAACAAAUCUUUCCAUAGGCUCCAAGUUGGAAAGAUGGAACCCCAGGAUCCUUCAGGAAAAAGGUUCACCGUUAAUGGAAGGAACAUUGUGUGGAAUCACAAGUUUAGUCAGAUCCCGCCUCGUGCCACAUGCGUUGAGAGCUGCCAGCCUGGAUACAGCAGGAUCGUUCAGCAGGGGAAACAAGUGUGUUGCUAUGAUUGCGCUCAAUGUCCUGAAGGAAGGAUUUCAAGUCAGAUUGAUGCAGGCCAAUGUGAGAAGUGCCCAGAAGAUCAGUAUGCAAAUGAGAAAAAGGAUCAAUGCAUCUCCAAAACUGUCACUUACUUAUCCUAUGGAGAACCUUUGGGGGCGGUUUUGGCUUCCUUUGCCCUCUUCUUUUCCAUUAUCACAGUUUUGGUGAUGGGGAGCUUCAUGCAACAUCACAACACUCCCAUUGUCAAAGCCAACAAUUGGGGCAUCACAUGUAUCCUGCUCUCCUCUCUGCUUCUCUCUUUUCUGUGUUGCUUCCUAUUCAUUGGCCAACCUCAGAAAGUGACCUGUUUUCUCCGACAAACAGUUUUUGGAAUAAUCUUUUCUAUUGCAGUUUCUUGUGUGUUGGGCAAGACCAUCACUGUAGUUCUAGCAUUCAUGGCCACCAAGCCAGGAAACAAGAUAAGGAAAUGGAUUGGGAAGAGACUGGCAGUAUCAGUCAUCAUUCUCUGUUCUCUUAUUCAAACUGGCAUCUGUGUUGUGUGGCUGGCAACCUUCCCUCCUUUCCCAGAGUUUGACAUGCAUUCCCAGACUGGUCAGAUCAUAGUGCAAUGUAAUGAAGGCUCAGACAUGAUGUUCUACAUAGUCCUGGGCUACAUGGGUCUUCUGGCCAUCACCAGCUUCACUGUAGCCUACUUUGCCAGAAAAUUACCCGAUACUUUUAAUGAAGCUAAGCUGAUCACCUUCAGCAUGUUGGUCUUUUGCAGUGUUUGGGUGUCUUUUGUUCCAUCCUACCUAAGUACCAAAGGGAAACACAUGGUAGCUGUGGAGAUCUUCUCCAUCUUAGUCUCCAGUUCUGGUGUAUUAGGCUGUAUCUUCCUCCCUAAGUGCUAUGUUAUUUUAAUGAGACCUGAUCUGAACACAAAAGAGCAGUUAGUAAGGAAAAAAUAA